UGAGACCCUCCAUGUACCGUAUUUCAUGCCAAAGUAAUACCGUAUAAAAGCGCGUAAAUUAAUGAUUUUUUUUGUCACAUUUACGCCUAAAUUUUUCGUAGGGUUCGUAUAGUGCAACUAGUUGCCAUUUUAAUCAACGGUAAAGUGGUCUAAUGGGGGUUUCGAUUGAUAAUUCGAUCGACGAAAGUUCUGCUCAGCUUUGUUAAUAAGUUCCUUUACCAACUGUAUACCUUCUUGCUGGUUCGCCACUUUCGGGUUACACACAAUUCUUAAUGGUGAAAAUCUAUCCUCACGUCAGUUGCAAAACGCAGCGCCUGAUUAGUCAUAUAUAUUUGUUGCUGUUGUUGAUCGUUUAUGUUUCUACCGUCUUGAUUUCGAUUGUCUGAUAUUUGCCCGUUUUGUAUUGACACUGUAGUACGUUGAUUGAGUGACUUUUUUGUGUUUUUCUAUUCGAAUUAUUCCAUUACCGAGUUCGAAUCGUUUGAUUAUUAUCGUCUUGAUGACGGUGUUUAACGUUGUUCAGUUCGUUUUGAAGAUUGCGGUAAGUCCGCUUAACAUUCCAACCUUCUUGAUAUUGCCGUACUGAGGAGUCGUUUUCGAAAUUUUCGUUUGCCGGCGAUCGAGUUUUCGUUUUAGCCGAAUAGCUCUCCUCUGGAUGAUCCGAAUAACUUGUCGCACCCCUUACCGUCUUAUUCCGUUGAGGAGUAGACAUUUCGUUAUAUCUUUGAUAUUCCAAACUCUGCAUGUAUGUCAUAAAUUGUUUUAAUCACAAAUCAAUAUAGUUAAUUAUAUUAAGUCCAUUUAACAAUUGUAAAGUAAAGAUUUCACAAAGACACGUAUAAAUAUACGUAUAAACGUAUAUGUACAAUACGAGGAGAAUGUACAAAUAUCCACUCUCACGUGUAAAACAUGAAGUGUGAAUGGCGAAUUUUAUAUUUUUUCUUUUACCUUAUCAAACUUGCCAGAAAAUCUUUUUUGACCUUACUCUGGCUUUUAAAACUACACCCCCCCUGCUUUAACUUCUUCGCGCCGCUACCGGACAUAGAUUGAAGUAAUAUAGAUCAGGCUCAUAUUCACACCAGAUAUUAUAUAUAUAUAGACUAAUCUAAAGUUAAAAGGAAAAGUUUUAACAUUGCUUCAUUCUAUGGGUUAUAUGAUGUAUAUGUAUGCUUAUUCUAUAAACAAAGUUACUUUGUCUACAGAAAUCAAAAUCUGAAAAAAAAAUUGUGAUCGUUAGAUGGGAGAGUGAUUGAUUGUCAUAUAAAAUAAUGGUAUAAUCAAACAAAUUUCUAGAAAGUUUCGCCAUAAACAACGAUUUUCCAUUUUUAGAACAAAUGAGAAGAAAGAAGGCGACGUAUUUAUAGAGCAGACAACUUCUCCAUUAUUACAUGACGAUGAGAAAAUCAUCAUGGAUUCAAAUAGAAAUUCGCAUGAUAUACGAUCGAGAAAAGAUUCAUUAAUAUCUUUAAAAUCAAGACAAUCAAUCAAAGAGGAGGAUGCCGUGAGACCAUUGUAUAAAGAAGAUGUUUUGUAUCAAGGUGACGUUCAAAUGUUGCCCGAAUAUCAAUCCCAACCCGAUAUUCCUACAUACAUACAAAUAACAACAGAUAUUCCAGACACAUCAGCAGAUUAUCAUUCAUCAAGAAUGAAAUCAUUUUGGGAUGUGUUUUUAAGAAUGACAAAUAUUCACGUAUUAAAAGAUCCAAAAAUGUUAAUUAUUUGUUUAGCAAAUGUUUGUUCAAUGAUUGGUUAUUAUACACCUUAUUUAUUUACAACAAAACUUGCUUAUCAACUUGGAAUAUCGGAAUAUCGAGCAGUAUUUCUCAUUUCUGUGAUUGCAUUUCAUAUAUCAUUGAGUCCAGUAAUUGUCUGUCAAUUAGUUGGUCUUGAAUUUUAUUCAAGUGCAUUGGGUUUAACACUCAUGUUUCGCGGUAUAACAUCAUUGACAGCACCACCAGUGAUGGGCGCAAUUCGUGAUAUAACAAAUAGCUACAAUAUUCCAUUUGUCAUUGGAGGUCUGGCUUUUAUAUUCAGUGCCCUGAUGCACUUUUCACUGCCAUUUGUUAAUAGAAAACCUACAGAAGGCGUGACAAUAAGAAAAGCAACGACUGCAAAUUGA